AUGAAGGAGAGUGUUACCAUUCUCACUGGAAAAACACUGCUAAAGAAAUAUGAGAGCAUCGCCUCUCCCCAACCUGGGGGCGAAAGAUGCGCUGCUGCUGCGGAUGCUGCUCUUGCUGGCAGCGACGCCAAUGCUGGCAGCAGAACCAGCAGCGGGAAAAGAGCUCUUUGGCGAUAUACACGUUUCGGGCGAAUUCGAAUUACUCAGUCAGACACGAGAGCGUCAGCAGCAUCUUUGCCAGCGCGAAUUGCCACACACAAGGAAUUGCCGGUGCGUGGAAAUGGCUCUACAAUUUAUUAUCAUCGGAUUGAGCAGUGCUGCGAGGGUUAUCGCCCGGACCCGUACAGCGGCCACUGUGUGCCGGACUGUGAGCAGACCUCGCCGUACGGCUGUCGCAAUGGCUUCUGUCGUGGACCACAGCGCUGCGAGUGCUUUGCGGAGUUUGUGCGCAAUGAGCAGGGCGCCUGUAUUCACACCUGCCCUAUUGCCUGCCAACACGGUAGGUGCUAUCUGAAUGGCACCUGUGCCUGCCACACCGGCUACACGCUGGACGAGGAGACGCACCUCUUCUGUCGCGCCCACUGCCCGAAGGGUUGUGGUACGCACGAAGAAUGCAUUGCUCCUGGCAAAUGCGACUGUUCCGCCGGCUAUCGACGCACCGCGGAGCUGGGCUGCCAGCCCAUUUGUGCGCCAGACUGCGGCCACGGCAAGUGUGUGGCACCCAAUCAGUGCGAGUGCUUCCCGGGCUUUAUGAAACGACCGCAGCGCAAUGUUUGCGAGGCCAAGUGCUACAUCAACUGUGAAAACGGGUUCUGUGAGUCGCGCUUGACGUGCCAUUGUCGUGCGGGUUAUCGAUUCGAUGGCAACACCACCAGCUGCCUGCCCGUCUGCCCGGAUAACUGUGGCCACGGCAAUGGCGUCUGUAUUGCACCCGGCAUUUGUCGCUGCUUUCAGGGCUACGAGCUUCGGGGCAGCAGCUGUGAGCCCAAGUGCGUAGGCAACUGCGGUUAUUAUGGCAAAUGCCUGGCGCCGAACGUGUGCGGCUGUGGUCCGGAUGGGCAGCUAUGUGUACAAGGCAGCUGCGAUGCCACAGGACAUUGUCAGUGUGCCACUGGAUGGACGCACUACGUCGGCCAGUGCGUAGAGCCGCAAAACAUAAUGCAGUUGGUGAGCAACGAGAGGCAGCGCAGGAAACAUAAUGAAGACUUCAAAUACGAGUUCAAUACACUGAUUGGGCGUAUAUUUAUUUGGGACCGAUCUGGUCUUGUUGAUAAACAGGGCCGUCUCAUCCAGAAUCUGUGGAGCACGAGUCGCUUGGUUCAUCGACUGGACAUAGUGGCCCGAGUAUGCUUCACCGCCCUGAUAAGUCUCGGCAGGCACAAAGUUGGAAUAGCUGCCAUAAUUGCUAUAUUGGGUCUGGGAAUUAAAUUGGGUCUGGUUGAACUCGCUGGUGCCAUUGCUAGACAGCAGCAGAUUGCCCGAAGCCGGUAUUGGCUGGCGAGUCUUGAUGCCCGCCGUCUUGUACUGUGCCUCGCCAGUGCCGCAGAGUGCGAGCAGCAGCGUUCUCACACCAACCAUCUGUUCGAUUCGAUCAUGCCGGCGGAACCCAGUAUAAAGUGCCUGCCCAGUAGCAAAUCGAACUCGUGCAUUAGUGAGGCAUUCACUCGCAAUGGAUUCAUGGAGGCAGCUGCCAUUCAUGCGUUUUUUAAAGCCGGGAAAGCAUUCGCACUGAUUGGGGGCCACACAGUGACCAUAGCCACAGUCCGGAAUGCACAUGGGCUGGCAGCCGAGGGCAUUCGAUUCGCGCAGACCACGGGCAUAGCCCUCGGCGCAGACGCACUUACCCGGCUCGAGGCAGAUCUCGUUGUGACCACAGGUGGCAUUGCACUGCGGCUGGCAGAAGCGUUGCGAUCCAUCCAACUCGAAGCCCUUCUCGCACCUGCAGGUGCCAUUCAAAUAGCACUGGCCGUGUGGGCACCCCAGCGGGCAGGUGGGCACACAGUUGUUCCGAUAGUUGAGCACGAAGUCGUCGAAGCAUUGGCAGCGUCCACCCGGCAGACAGAAGCCAUUCUCCUGGCACCGCUCACCACAAUCCGGCACACACCUGCUCCAGUCGUACUCGUAGCGUCGCCAGCCCUUGCAGCACACCUCGAUGACAUUAAAGUGCGGUUUUCAAACAUUAAAAUGCGCCUACUUACUCAAGGCCAGAAACUAAUCUUGCUGCUGUGCUUCGCCAGGAUUGGAGCGAAUGAGCCUCGCAAUCAGGGAUCGGAAUUCGAUGCGCCUAUGCAAUAUAAUAACAGACGAUUCACCUCGAAUGUGAACAGAUAUCAGACUCCCCACCCGCUUUAUCAGCGUCCUGGUGACAUAAACUUCUAUGUGGACGGGACUGCAGUCUAUGUGAACGGGACUGCAGUCCAGCAGCCACGGAGGCGUGAAUAUAUGCUGCGUAUUCACGAGAGUGUGUCCAGCCGGGCACUGCACAAGUGUCGCAUUUGGGUGCCAGCAGAGUCGGUGUCCAAGUAUCCGCUUGCGAAUCUCAUACAGACGGACAUGGCCAACAAGUUGUCCUCCAUUGAGGUCUGCUGCACCGGUUAUAUGCCCACCCGGCUGAUGGGCGUCACCGUCUGCCGGCCCAUUUGUGGCUGUCAGAAUGGUGGUUGCCGUCGUCCUGGCGAGUGCGACUGUUACGAGGGCUUCGUGAAAAACGAUAAUGGAGACUGUGUGUUCGCGUGUCCAAUUGGCUGCCAAAAUGGUCGCUGUUAUCUUGACGGCAGUUGCCAAUGCGACGCGGGCUAUAUGCUGGACGAGACACGACGCUUCUGCCGACCCAUCUGCAGCAGCGGGUGCGGCAAUAAUCCGCGACACAACUGCACCGAACCGGAGGUAUGCAGCUGCGCCAAGGGCUAUCAGCUAACCAACGAUGGAUGCCAGCCCAUUUGUGAACCCGAUUGCGGCAUCGGUGGCCUUUGCAAGGGCGACAAUGAGUGCGACUGCGGUCCGGGCUACACGCUCAAGGAUGGCGUCUGUCAAAACGAUUGCUAUCAAAAAUGCAAUAAUGGAAUUUGUGUGAGUCGUAAUCGUUGCAUCUGUGAUCCCGGCUUUACAUAUCACGAGCAGUCCACGACCUGCGUACCUGUUUAACAGCCAGUAAUAAUAAUAUUUGCUUGCUUUAUUAAAAUUAAAAAUAUAUACAGUG